AUGCUCCGGCGUCUUCGGCUUGUCUUCUGUAGCGGACACGGCUUCUUGAGUGACUACGCGCGCGAGGGUGGUGUUCUUGCAUGUGCGGUGAUGCUUGGAGAGUUGGGGGGUGGCAUAGAACUGGAUCCCGUCCAAGAGAAGCAGACAAAGCAAAAGAAGAAGGAAAAUCUUGCCUCGACGCACGGUGCUGUAGGACAGGAAACAUCCAGCUGGUGGAAGCAUAGAAGACGAUCCAUGCCAGUCCGUCGUUUCAUGCAGGAGUACGCGGAUGAAGACUGCGAUCGUGAUGGCGAUCAUGCACAAAGGAACCUUCAACCAAGGCUGAUUACAGGUAGGGAACAAGCAGAAAAGAGACAGCGCGGACGCUAUCAUCUUCACGACGACAAAAGUCGUGAACGUCGUGUUUUGAAGAAGAGUUUGUUUCCAGAAAGAUCACUUUCUCUAUGA